AUGAUUCUUUAUUUUAUAAAGUGCUCGGGCGCGAAACCAGUAGGUCCUGGGUUCGAAUCUCGCAGGGGGCGAGGUCGUGGAUGCGCACUGCUGAAGAGUCCCAUACUAGGACGAAACGGCCGUCCAGUGCUUCCAGGUUUUCCAUGGUGGUCUAGCUUCAACUCACUCAUGAUCUUAACCAUUGAAAUUAAUAAAUUAUCAUCAGAAAAAAGAUUUUGUCGAGAUUGUAGUAAUUUAAGAGUUGAAUUAAUGAGUCGAUUUAAGUUAAACCACCAUGGAAAACCUGGAAUCAAUAGACGACCGCUUUGUCCUAGUAUGGGACUCCUCAGUAGUGUACAUCAGUGGUCUUAUCUCAAUAUGAGUUUUGUGGAUAUUAUAUUAGACAUUAACACCAUUGGAUGCCGGUUCAAUUGUCUAGUGAUUAAAAGUUCGUGCGCGAGACUGGUAGGUCUUGUGUUCGAAUCUCGCAGGGGGCGAGGUCGUGGAUUCUCACUGUUGAGGAGUUCCAUAAUAGGACGAAACGGCCGUCCAGUGCUUCCAGGUUUUCCAUGGUGGUCUAGCUUCAACUCACUCAUGAUCUUAACCAUUGAAAUUAAUAUUAUACAUCAUAUUAUUCAAAUGUUCAGCAAUCAUUUAGAUCCCCAUAGUGAUUAUGAUAAGUUUAACAAUGAUCAGAAUAAUAAUGAUCCGAAUAAGAAGAUCAUAAAUGAUAAUUAUGAGGUAAAUAUUUUUCAAAAUUAUACAAAACAAUAUUAUUAUAUACAACAAUUUAUACCAUCCCCUUUAUUAUUAUUUACCUGGACAAAAUUAAUGAGAACAGAAUUGUUUCGACAAACUUUACAGAAUGUAAUUUUAUCAAAUUAUGAUAAUUACAUAAUGACUAGAUUACAAUCUACUAAUAGUCCGGUUAAUAAUAAUAAUGGUAAUGAUAGUAACGGAAACCAUACAAAUCCAGAUCUAAUCGAUUUAACUCAUAGAAAUGCCUUAAUCAAAAAAUAUUUGAAUAAAUUAAAUAGCUUACUAUUUGAAUAUUUAUCAUCUAACAAAGAUUGGGCAUCGUCAUCAUCAUCAUUAUCAUCAUCGUCGUCGUCAUCAACAUCAUCAUCACCAUCGUUGUUAUCCUCAACAAAUAUCAUUGAACCAUAUCAUCAGUUUAAUGUAUAUAAUAAUUAUGAGUCAAGAAAUUGCUUAUAUCAGUGGUUAAAUCAAUCAAUCAAUUGUAAUAAUUUAUAUGAUGACAACACUUUGAUCAAGAAUAUAAACCAUGAAAGUAAUCAUUUAUUGAAAUUAGAUGAUAAUCUACCUCUUGAAGAAGCAACAGUACAAUUCAAUGAUGAAAAUAAUAAUAAUAAUAAUAAUACAGAUUUUCAUGUUGAUAAUAAGUAUCAUUUAGAUUCAUAUAGGACUUCAUUUAAUAUACCCGAAAUAUAUCAUUCUAAAUGUAACCCUUUAUGGUCAGAUAUAUGUUGUACAGAAAAUUAUCAUCCUGAAUUAUAUCAAAAUAGUUCAAUUUGGAAACAAACAUCAUCAUCAUCAUCAUCCCCAUCACGAUCAUUAUCAGCGGCAGCAACAACACCACCACCACCACCAAUCACUGAUUGUUCUUUGAAUACUAAACAUACAAUUAUGAAUUCAUCAUUUAUAUCAUUGAAUAAAUCCAAUUUCAAUGAAAUUAUUGAUGAUACAAAAUUACAAUUACAAUCUACUACUACUACUACUACUACUACUAAUACAAUUCCAUCUAUUUCAUAUUCUCCACCAUUAAAUUUUAAUGAAUUUAUUUUAGAUCAAAAUAUGUUAUGUCCAUUAUGUCAUAAAUGUUUUCGAUUUGAAAAAAAUUUGUUAAGACAUUUACAAAAAACCCAUGCAACUAGUACAGGUGAAUCAUUAUUAAAAUGUAAAUUAUGUAAUUAUACAACAAGACAUUAUAGUAAUAUGUAUGUACAUAUUAGAACACAUACAGGUUAG